AUGACAGGGUCUGUCACGGCAGCCCGGCCGCAGGGCGCCGAUGAAAAGUCGGCCGUCGUGCUGCAGGACGACGGGGGCGGCGAUAGCCCGUCUGUCACGGAGGGCCUCGAGGAGAAGCCGAAGGCGACAUGGAAAUCAUACCUGUGGGACACGUUCGACAAGUCACCCGAGGAGCGCCGGUUCCUGUUCAAGCUCGAUGCCGUGCUGAUGACGCUGGCUUCGCUGGGGUACUUCAUCAAGUAUCUUGAUCAGGUCAACAUCAAUAAUGCCUUUGUUUCCGGCAUGAAAGAGGACCUGGACCUUUUCGGGAAUGAGUUGAAUUACAUGCAGGUCUGCUGGACCGUAGGAUACGUCGUGGGAGAGAUACCCAGUAAUUUGUUGCUCACCCGUAUCCGGCCUGGGAUAUGGAUCCCAAUUUGUGAGGUCACAUGGUCGGUCCUCACGAUCCUCCUUGCAAAAUGCCAGACAGCUACCCACGUCUACGUCCUGCGCUUCUUCAUUGGCCUGGCAGAAAGCACCUUCUACCCGGGGAUGCAGUACAUCAUCGGCUCGUGGUACCGCAAGGACGAGCUGGCCAAGCGCUCGUGCCUGUUUCAUGCCAUGGGCAAUGUUGGAUCCAUGGUCUCGGGCUACCUGAUGGCGGGAGCACACAAUCUCGACGGCGUCCACGGUUUUCACGGGUGGCAGUGGCUGUUUAUCACCAACACAAUAGUGUCUCUCCCCGUAGCCAUCUCGGGUUUCUUCUUCCUCCCGGACCUUCCCGAGAUCACCAAGGCAUGGUACUUCACGCCCGAGGAGAUUGUCCUCGCCAAGGAGCGCAUGCGCCUCGAGGGCCGCGCGCAGCGGGCGCCGUACACGCGGGCCAAGUUCAAGAAGAUCUUCUCGAGCUGGCACAUCUGGGCGCUGGUGACGCUGUACAUCCUCUUCAACAACGGCAACGGCGGCACGUCGCAGCCCGCCUUCCCCCUGUGGCUCAAGGACCAAGGAUACAGCCUGCGCGAGGUCAACAUCUACCCGACCAUCACCGAGGUGGUGAGCAUCGUCACCACCCUCAUCUACGCCUGGACGUCCGACAGCCUGUUCCGCGGCGCGCGCUGGCCCGCCAUCGUCUUCUCCGGGCUCGUCAAGAUCGUCGCCUACGUGCCGCUGACGGUCUGGGCCGUCCCGGACAGCCUCAAGUGGGCCGCGUUUACCCUGUGCGGCUUUGGCGGCGGCAUCUCUGGGCUGACGUUCGCGUGGGCGCACGAGAUCUGCAGCGACGAUAACGAGGAGCGGGCGCUCGUCACGGGCGCCAUGAACCAGAUGGCGUAUGUCUUCCAGGCGUGGCUGCCGCUCGUCAUCUGGCAGCAGGUCGAGGCGCCCGCGUACCCCAAGGGGUACCCGAGCAUGGUUGGGCUGUCGAUUGGACUGAUCGCGAUCGCGUUUGUUAUUCGGUUCCUGCACAAGAGGGAGAUCCGGCUUAAGGCUGCUGCGGCCUCGCCUGGUGUUGCUUGA